UUUGGGCUGCCAUUUUAGGAAUCCGUGGCGAUUAUCAGGCUUUAUAUGAUGCUUAUGAUAAAGAAACUGAAAGAGAUCAUCAGAUUGAUGUUGGUAAUAUAAAAAAUAUUAUUUAUAAACCUAUUUAUGUUGGUCUUGACAAUUCUCAUAUAAUAAAAGAAUAUUUGGCUGUUUUUGGUCAUCUUUUAUCAUUCCAUGACCCAGAAUUAUCUAGUCAUCUAAGAGAAACAGGUUAUAUUCCGGAUUUAUAUGCUAUUCCUUGGUUCUUAACUUUAUUUACACAAUAA